AACCGCUUCGAUACGCUAUUACGCGGAAGUAUACAGCUCCACGGUCCCUUUGUAGGGAGUUUGCUUGAGCUGUGUCUGCUACAUCCAGAGCUCACCCCUCCACCAGAGACUGUCAGUGCUGUAGCUAUGCACUCGGGUAACUGUACCAGUGCCGCUGUGGUGCUGGAAAAGCGCUUGCAACUCGAACUAGGUCAGAGAUGUGUACGAUGA